AUGCCUCCAAAGAAAGUCGGCCAGCGAGUCGAUCGAGAAUCCUCCAUCGAAAAGACCGAGGAAUACGAAGAGUUUCUCAAGGAGUUAGCUGCCUACCAUGAGAAGAGAGGCACCUCAAUGGAGAAUGAGCCCAAAGUCGAAACACAGCACAUCGAUCUGUUGAAAUUGUAUAAGCGUGUGAUAGCAGAGGGAGGAUAUGACCUGGUGUCGGACACAAAGAAAAAGCCUUUAAUGUGGAGAAAAAUCGCCGACGAACUUCUACCUGGAAUUAAGAACCUGGCUGGUGCAGCCUUCCUGGUAAAGAGGGCAUACUACUACAACCUCGUUGCAUACGAGAUCUCGACGCAUUGGGGCAAGGAACCACCGCCGAAGGAGGUUGUUGAGGAUGUGACUGCGAAAGGAGGUGAUGUUAUGUCGAGGACGCUGGACAACUACCCAAACUCGGCAGUGAAAGAGAAGAGCAUGGCCAACGGGCACUCGUCCGACAACGAGGACAAUGCCAAGGACAACCACGACGAUGGCGAACCGGGAAGUGUGCGGUCGACCAGGGGACUCCGCCAGGCACCGCCGCAGCGGGUUCUCUUCCAACCCGACACGACCGCUCCUCGCCAAACACGCAACCAAGGUCAACACACCUCGCAGACACCUGCUUCACCAUCCCCUGCGUAUGCCAACACCACUCCUAUGACUUUAGCAACCUACGAACCGCAGCAGCAGCUGCCCUUGACGCUCAAGCCCGUCACCACUCCCGCCAACAAUGCUGAGUAUUACCGCCUGAAGCGCAAGCAAGAGCAAGAGGCCCAAGCCAGCCAUGUCGCAAAGAAGCAUAGAGGUCUCAUGCUGCCAGGCACUGGUUUCAUCGGCCCUAACAUCUACGUUCGCGCUCAGCUCGCUCUACAGUCCGGUCUGCCCGACGAGGAGGAGUACGCUUUGCAUCAUCUCGUCAAGAUCUCCCAUGAGCGAGGCGACAAGUACCGCUUCGAUCAAUUCGCCGGUCUGGCCGAGGCUCUUGUGAACAAGCUGUUGCAGGUGACCUCUCUCUUCUACGACCUCGAGUGGGACAUCUCUUACGACGAAGUUUCUGGUCCGCGCACUCUUGACGCACUCAACGGCACACCCGAUCUCCUCCAGAAGCUGCAGUCUGCUGUUCCUUUGGACACCGCUCACUCAGUCGAGACCACAGAGUUCAGACAGGCCCUUGGCCGCAUCACUGAAGCUGGUCUUGUCAUUCGCAACAUGGUCAUGCUGGACGAAAACGCUCAGUACAUUUCUAGACUGCCCCUUCUACGCGACUACUUCUGCAUCGUGCUCAACUUGCAACCCCAUCCCGCCCUGGUUGAGCUUCAGUACUAUGCUCUCGAAACCAUCGAGCAGCUCACAAAGCACUACGACCUCGAUGCGACUGACCUUCUGUACGAAACUCUGCUUGCUCAGCUGGAGUCCAACGAUCGUGGCAGAAUCGUCACUUCGUUGCGUGCCAUCGCUCGCCUAGGCAUGACCUACGAGGAAAACAAGCGACUCGAGCUUGUUCCUCUUGAGGUUGUCCAAAAGCUGCCUGACUGGAUGAUGCUCCCCGACGAAGAGCUGCGUUCCGCCUGCUUAGACUUCCUCUUCCAAUACACAAGUAUCGCUGACAAUGUCGAGACACUGGCACUGGAUGCUGAUGUCCAGAACCUCGUCAAGCAGCUGUCGGAUCUGUUGCUCUAUAACGCAAAGAAGGAGGUGCCUAAGACACCCAAGCCUCGCCCUUCUGAGCCCCAUUACGACUCUGAAAGCUCGGCUCAUGUUCCGCGCCUGUGUCAAGAUGUGAUAGAGUCACUUAUGCAGUUCGCCGAGCCUGACCGUAGUUCUCGCUGGCUGCGUAUGUGCUUCGAGAUGGACCCCGAUUCCGAAAUGACCCAAAUCCACCUAUGGCAGUCCUACCAAGCCACUUUCGUGAAGUACUCACAGACUCAUCAAAACCUCAUAGCAGGAGAAUUCAUCAAGAAUGUCUCAAACACAUUCACUGGCGCAUCUGCCCAAGUCGCUAAUUCUAAAUACGUGAUCAAGGGCAUCAGACCCCGCAAGAUCGCUCUUGACGUCGAUGGCAAGGAGCUCGUCAAGUGCUGCUGGCGCACUAAUCCCACAGAUGUUGUUCCACAAGAGCACAUCGCCAUCUUUGCUAUGGAGAGUGGUAAAGAAUGUGGCGAGUUCUUCAGCAACGGCCCGAAGGUCUGGGAGCAUAUUCUCUCUUCGCAUCUCAAGGUCCCCAAGAAGGCACCGGUCACUGCCAACGGUGAUGCUCCUCAGCCACCACAGAGCACUUCGAAGGUUGCUGCCUUCGACUUCGCUGCAGCUGAUUCAUCCUUGUCGUACAGUUGCAAGUGGAGUAGCUGUCCUCGCCAAAUCUCUGGUGAACACAGUCUGCCUGUCGAGCUUGCACUGUUGGCUCGUCACAUCAACACUCAUCUGCCAGACAGCGGUCCCCUGGCCGAGCAAAGACGUCAAAACCAGCACAACUCAAAGGAGGUCGAGGAUUCUGUUCCAAGCAACCGCGUCUGGCACCGUACAAUGGCAGACGAACGUAACGACGCUGCCGGUCUACCUCUGGGCUCAGCGCUUGUGUUGCGAAACAUCGCCCAAAAGGCUCAUCCUGCUGAGGAGGACGAGCAGCCUCCUCGUGAUGGUGAAGACGAUGAGACUGCUGUCGCCAUGCCUGAGGCACCCGUCCCAGCCUCGGCCGAGCUGAUGAAGAAGAUCUUUGACCCUAUCAGGGAGAAGCUCUUCUUCGCCAUGGCCCACAAUCCUACUCUCAAGGAUCACCUGACUGCUGUCCUCUGCGCCAUCUCCAACGGUGGAGGUUAG